AUGUUUCCAGAAUUGCCUGUUUCUGGACUACCUUUAAAUAGUACACCACGUGAAGCAUUUGUAACAUUUUGUAAUAAUCAACCAAAGUAUCUUUCUCUUCUAAUUGUUAUACUUGAUGCUGUUCAUCAUUUUUCAACACGUCCUAUUAUAGCUUAUGGAAUUAAUGUUGAUUUAAAUAUCGACAAUAAAAAAUAUCCACGUUUAAUCAAACGACGUUUAAGUCAAAAAGAUUGUGGACCAUCUAUUUAUUUUUGUAAAAUCUAUGCUAUUGUACACAGUCAAAUUGAUUAUGGAAUAUAUAUAGAAGCUGAUACUUUAGUUAAUUGGAAUGUUGAUAUUCUUUUCGAUGUUCUUCAUCGAUGGCCAUAUCCAUUACCACUUUCACCUCGUCAUCCGGAUGAUCCUAGGAAUUAUGGACAUUUUUUAAAACGAUUUAAACUUGAUUUCAAACAUCGGACUACACCAUAUAUACAUGCUCAUAUAUUAUGGAAUUAUCGUGCAUAUCCAUUUCUUCAACGAGCUAUUACUCUUAUACGUCAAGGUCAUUUUAUAGGUGCUAACUUUGAUGAAACAGGUAUCAAUGUUCUUUUAUGGCAAGCUAAAGCAAAUCAUACAUUAUGCAAAAUAGAUCCCUACUAUAGUUUUUUAUCAGCUUAUGAAUCGAACCAGACGAUAUGUAGUAAAUAUUGUCAUACAGCAUACAUUUUUAUUCAUGGUUGUAAAGAUGCAAAUGAAAUGCAUAAGCUAUUCAAACGAUUAAAAAAUCAUACUGGAUCGCCAUUUAUUCAAACUCCUCAUCAUGGAAUGCAUUAUUUAAAUGAGACACAAUAUACAUGUUGUUAUCCAGAUAGCCAUCCAUCAUCUAUUCAUCCAUUGCUCUGUGAACAUCGAAGACAAUAA